AUCCAACCCACUGAAAAGAGAGAGAUUAAGGAGCUUCACCUACAGACCUGCUGGAGGUUUAUAUACUCUCUAGAAGUUUCCAACUAAAAAAAGAAUCAGAGCCUCAGCUUGCAAAAUUAGAGCUGAACUUAAAUUUUUCCACAAAAGAGGUUUCUUGAAGAAACCAUGGAGAUCGGAGGGGCACUCGUUCUGCGGAAAAGGCAAGUUCUGAUUAUCUUUGUUUUACUGGGAUUGCCUCAGGCAGGUCCUGAGUCUGUGCGCUAUUCUGUGGCAGAGGAAACAGAAAUUGGCUCUUUUGUGGCCAAUCUGGCAAGGGAUCUGGGGCUUGGGGUUGAGGAGCUCUCUUCGCGGGAGGCGCGGGUAGUGUGUGAUGAUAAUGAAAAGCAUUUGCACCUCGAUUUGCUGACCGGGGAUUUGCUCGUAAAUGAGAAACUGGACCGGGAAGAGCUGUGUGACUCCACGGAGCCCUGUGUGCUGCAUUUUCAGAUGGUACUGGAAAACCCUUUACAGUUUUUUCGGGCUGAGCUGCAUAUCAAAGAUAUAAAUGAUCACUCGCCUACAUUUCUUGACAAGGAAAUAGUUAUUAAAAUAUCAGAGAGUACCACUAUUGGAACCACAUUCCUAAUGGAGAGUGCCCAAGAUUUGGAUGUAGGAAGCAACAGUCUCCAAAACUACACAGUUAGCCCGAAUUCUCACUUCUACAUUAAAAUUCAAGACAGUGAUGAUGGAAAGAUAUACCCUGAACUAGUCCUGCACAGAGCGUUGGACCAUGAGGAGGAGCCUGAGCUCACAUUAACACUCAUAGCACUGGAUGGUGGAUCCCCGCCCAGGUCUGGGACAACUUUGGUCCUCAUCAAGGUCUUGGACAUCAAUGACAAUGCCCCAGAGUUUCCUCAGAAGCUCUACGAGGUGCAGGUCCUGGAGGACACACCUGUUGGCUCUUGGAUUAUCACCAUCUCUGCUAAGGAUUUGGAUGCAGGAAACUAUGGGAAAAUAUCUUACACAUUUUUUCAUGCAUCAGAAGAUAUUCGUAAAACAUUUGAAAUCAAUCCACUAUCUGGGGAAGUUCAUUUGCGAUCACACUUGGAUUUUGAAGCAAUACAGUCAUACAUUAUAAAUAUUCAGGCAACAGAUGGUGGGGGUCUUUCGGAAGAAUGCACUCUUCUGGUUAAAGUAAUAGAUAUAAAUGACAAUCCACCAGAAGUGACCAUGUCAUCAAUUACAAAGAUAAUUCCAGAGAACGCCUCAGAGACCCUUGUGGCUCUUUUUAGUGUCCGAGACCAAGACGCUGGGGAAAAUGGGGGGGUCGUUUGCUCUAUUCAAGAUGACCUCCCAUUUUUUCUGAAACGAACCUUCAAGAACUUUUUCACUCUAGUUGCAGAAAAAGCACUGGACAGAGAGGAAAGAGCCGAGUACAACAUCACCAUCACCGUCACUGACAUGGGAACCCCCAGGCUGAAAACCGAGCACAACAUAACCGUGCUGGUGGCCGACGUCAACGACAACGCCCCCGCCUUCACCCAGACCUCCUACACCCUGUCCGUCCGCGAGAACAACAGCCCCGCCCUGCACAUCGGCAGCGUCCGCGCCACAGACAGAGACGCGGGCGCCAACGCCCAGGUCACCUACUCGCUGCUGCCGCCCCUCGACCCGCACGUGCCCCUGGCCUCCCUGGUGUCCAUCAACCCGGACAACGGCCACCUGUUCGCCCUGAGGUCCCUGGACUACGAGGCCCUGCGGGCGUUCGAGUUCCGCGUGGGCGCCGCCGACCGCGGCUCGCCCGCGCUCAGCAGCCAGGCGCUGGUGCGCGUGCUCGUGGAGGACGACAAUGACAACGCGCCCUUCGUGCUGUACCCGCUGCAGAACGCCUCGGCGCCCUGCACCGAGCUGGUGCCCAGGGCGGCCGAGGCGGGCUACCUGGUGACCAAGGUGGUGGCGGUGGACGGCGACUCGGGCCAGAACGCCUGGCUGUCGUACCAGCUGCUCAAGGCCACGGAGCCCGGGCUGUUCGGCGUGUGGGUGCACAACGGCGAGGUGCGCACGGCCCGGCUGCUGAGCGAGCGCGACGCGGCCAAGCACAGGCUGGUGGUGCUGGUCAAGGACAACGGCGAGCCGCCGCUCUCGGCCAGCGUCACGCUGCACCUGCUGCUGGUGGACGGCUUCUCGCAGCCCUACCUGCCGGCCCCGGAGGCGGAAGCGGCGGACGCGGCCCCGGCCGCCCCGCUCACCGUCUACCUGGUGGUCGCCUUGGUGUCGGUGUCGUCGCUCUUCCUCUUCUCGGUGCUGGUGUUCGUCGCGGUGCGGCUGUGCAGGAGGAGCGGGGUGGCCUCGGCGGGUCGCUGCUCGGUGCCCGAGGGCCCCUUUCCGGGCCACCUGGUGGACGUCAGCGGCACGGGGACCCUGUCCCAGAGCUACCAGUACGAGGUGUGUCUCAUGGGAGGUACUGGGACGAAUGAGUUUAAAUUUCUGAAGCCGAUUAUCCCUAAUCUUCCAGUCCAAGACACCGGUAGGCAUAUAGGGGAAAAUGAGAACUUUAGGAAUAGCUUUGGAUUCAACAUUCAAUAAAAUAAUUUACUUUAAACUUCUAAUCUUUUGUCAUUCUUGGCAAACUGUGGAUCCAUUUUGCCAAUCUGUAAUAGAUUUUACCUUGGACGGUAGUUGCAUGCAUUAUCAUUUCUCAUGUUCUCCUCACAAUUGCUUUAAAAAUCU